AACUUCUCAUCGUCACGCUCGGGCACGGGCACGGGCACGGGAUCGGGAUCGGGAGGCGCGCUCCCGCGCCUGGCAAGCGGCACCGCGUGAGGGUGGAAGCCGACCCGAGGCCUCGCGCAGCAACUGAAAAUGAAUAGGUAAUUGAUGAAGACUUUACGGCUCAGGGAUCUGUGAAGAUGAGCACUUUAAGUGAAGGAAAAGAACCACUGGAGUUGGUUGGCCAACUGCUAAGUGAACCAGGACAAUUCGCGUAUGGCGGCCUGUGUGGUGUUACGCUUUCAUUACUGUUUCCUGGAGAGGAGCACAGGCUGUUCAGAGUACAAUUUAUUGAAGGGCUUGUACAAUGGUUGCAGCUGUCAGAAUCUGUCUUGCCUGUCAUGGAGGCCUUUACCAAUGGAAUGGGAGGGGAAGGUACUGACACAUUUGCAGAUGUGCUGCUCAAAGAACCAGCUUUAAAGGAUAAUCCAAUCUUGAUCACCCGGGAUCUUGUUUCCUUUUCCCUAAAAGAUGGAUACUAUGAUGCACGUGCAAGGGCUCUAAUCCGUCACAUCACGUGGCUGUUAAGAAUUCCAUUCGAAGAACUGGAGCUCUUUGAAGAAUCAUUGGUGGAGAGUCUAAAAGAAUAUAAAGAAAAAGACACAGAAGAAUUUGAAAUUUCUCAGAAGAAAAAGGAUCGUAAAAAGAAGCUAAAGCGAUAUUUCCUUAUUGGACUUGCUACAGUAGGCGGUGGAACAGUGAUCGGGCUCACCGGUGGUCUCGCUGCCCCCCUUGUGGCAGCUGGAGCUGCAGCUAUCGUAGGGACUGCAGGCGCAGCUGCCAUUGGGUCCACGGCUGGAAUUGCCAUUAUGGCAUCUUUAUUUGGGGCAGCAGGUGCGGGUCUGACAGGAUACAAAAUGAAGAAACGAGUGGGAGCUAUUGAAGAGUUUGAGUUCCUUCCUCUAACUGGUGGAAAUCAACUGCACAUCACCAUUGCUGUCACUGGCUGGCUAUGUACAGGAAAAUACGGAAGUUUUGAGGCACCAUGGCGAAGUCUACUACAGUCCAAAGAGCAGUACUGCCUGGCCUGGGAGUCAAAAUAUUUGAUGGAACUCGGUAAUGCCCUCGAUUCUCUGCUGAAUGGUCUGGUUAAUAUUGUGGCACAGGAAGCCCUGAAGUACACUGUUCUCUCAGGUAUCGUGACUGCAUUGACGUGGCCAGCCUCACUACUGACUGUUGCCAGUGUCAUCGACAAUCCGUGGGGAGUCUGCCUCAGUCGAUCCGCUGAAGUUGGAAAGCAUUUAGCCCAGGUGCUGCUGAGCAGACAGCAGGGCCGGAGACCAGUCACCUUGGUCGGCUUUAGCCUUGGAGCACGAGUAAUUUAUUUCUGUCUUCAGGAGUUGGUUCAAGAGAAAGAUUGUGAAGGAAUUAUUGAAGAUGUCGUGUUACUGGGAGCACCAGUGGAAGGUGGGACCAAACACUGGAAACCUCUCACUAAAGUGGUUGCAGGCCGUAUAAUCAAUGGCUAUUGCAGGGGAGAUUGGCUUCUAAAUUUUGUGUAUCGUAGUUCUUCAGUACAACUGAAUGUAGCAGGUCUACAGCCAAUUGUUAUGGAUGAUACAAAAAUGAUUAAUGUGGAUCUUUCGUCCAUUGUGAAUGGACACUUAGAUUACAUGAAGCAAAUGGACACAAUAUUAAAGGCUGUAGGUGUGAAAACUAAGGACUGCCGCCUGGAGGACAAAUGGAAUAUUAGCCCCAGCUCUAACCCGGAUGAGAAGUGUGCAAGUAAAGGAGAGGAGCCUUUAGGUAGCUCAGAAAUCAAGUCUGCUGCUGGAAAGAAUGGGGCACAAAUGGCCAUUGCUGAGUCCUCCAAUUUGUUGUUAGAAGGUAAUCUUUUGGGGUCACCAAAGACAAACCACCAUUCUACUGGUGCAGAAGAUUCGAUACCAGUGAUACAAUCUACACUUUCUCCUGUCAGAGAUAGAACUACUGAUCACGAAGUAUUAUCUGGAGCUUCUGAACUUGCCAGAGACCAAAAAAAACUUUAAUUAUAAAUUGCAAAUCUGGUUGUCCUGGAACCUGAAUUAUAGUAUAAGAGACAGGCAGAACUGAAAAUCCAGAGGAAUAAAGCUGAGUACCACUGUCUUUGCUCUAAUGGAAGAUUGGACCAGUUGGUGAUUUGUGAACAUUAUCUGUGAAAGCCUUAUUAAUUAACGUAAAUUAAUUUUGGACUGGAAUAUUACUGAUAACAUUGCUGUAUUAGAAGUGAGCUGCUAAGAAAACAGAGAUCUCAUGCAACACACACAAAAUGCUGGUGAACGCAGCAGGCCAGGCAGCAUCUAUAGGAAGAAGUACAGUCAACGUUUUGGGCUGAGACCCUUCGUCAGGACUAACUGAAGGAAGAGCUAGUAAGAGAUUUGAAAGUGG